AUGGCCACCGAGGAGUGCGAGUGCCUCCGGGGCGGCGCCGGCGACACCGUCUUCAUGCCGACCUUCGCCGGCAACUGCCCCUACGUGCUGUCCGUCGGCGCCACUGAGCUGAACCGUGGCUCGAGCAACUCGACGCCCUCUGCUCACGAACGGCCGCUGCACGAGGUUGCGUCCGUCCGUCCGCAUCUCCAGCGGCGGCGGCUUCAGCAACGUGUUUCCUACUCCCGACUACCAGAAGAAGGCAGUGCGGCAGUACCUGGACACUGCGGCCCCCGACCUACCGUUUACGGGGUACGGGCAGCCGGUAAAGGACGGCGACUUCACCGACGUCCGUCCGCAGUGGCGUGUACAGCCGCGUCGGCCGCGGGUUCCCCGACGUCGCUGCUGUGGGGGAUAGGGCCAUCCUGGUAUCGGGCGGAAAGUGUUCGACUCUCGCAUAUGAGUGACCUUGCUCAAGUACGCCCACCCAGAGGUUUCCAACGUUAUCAUCGAAGGGAGCAACCCUGGAUGCAACUCGACCGGCUUCACGGCGGCCAAGGGCUGAGAUCCCGUUGCGGGACUUGGCUCUCCCAACUUUAA